AGCCGCCUCGAUCGCGGCCGGCCUCGGCCAGUCCAGCCCAGGCUUCUUGAUGUAGCAGUCGUGCAAUGUGUUGUGUUUAGUGUCAUUCAUGCUCAAAAAACAGUCGGAAAGUGCCCAAAGUAUGACUAUCCAAAAUCUCUCAGUUUUGGACGCUAAAAACGGUGAAACGAUGAACGAAAAGAGCAAAAAUGGACACAUCAGCUUUAGUGUGGCCUCGCUUCUGGCCGAUACCAGGCCCAACUCCACGGCGACGGCCUCCAGUCCGAAGCCCUCCUCGGACGAGGAGUACGACUCCAAUCAGGAGGACUCCAUCGUCGACGUGGAGGACCUCAACUCGGAUAAAGGCAGCCCGGUGAAGGAGGAGCAGAGGGCGUUGAGUCAAGGGCCGAUCCGGCCCACGCCCUUUUCGGCCCUUGCGGCGGCCGUCUACCAGGCGGCACAUCCCAACUGGACGCACCAGGGCCUGGUGAACCCGUUCGCAGGCCCAGGGCCCAUGUUUCAAGGGCCGGGGCCCUUCGGGGUGCCCAAUAUGACCACAGUCGAUUCCAACGGAGAAGCGCCCAAACUCAAGUGCAACUUGCGCAAACACAAACCUAACAGGAAGCCCAGGACGCCCUUCACCACGCAACAACUCCUAGCCCUCGAAAAAAAAUUCAGGGAUAAGCAGUACCUCAGCAUUGCCGAAAGGGCGGAGUUUUCCAGCAGCUUGAGGCUCACGGAAACACAGGUGAAAAUCUGGUUUCAAAACCGGCGUGCGAAGGCCAAGCGUCUGCAGGAGGCCGAGCUGGAGAAGCUGAAGAUGGCGUCGUUGUCGCGCCAUCCGCACCCCCUGUACCCGCACCCCGCCCUCCAGGGCUACUUUCCCCCGGGGGCGCACCCGCUGGCCUCGCUGUUGGGGGCGCGGCCCCCCAUGGGCCCCCUCGGCCUCAUUCCGCAGCCGCCCCCGCACAUGUCGUCGCCGCAAGGCGCGAUCCGCUCCCCCAGCCCCCACAUGUCCUAAACGGGGGCGCUAAGUGAAUUUCUGUGCCAAAUUAGUGUUGUGAUCGCUUUAUCACUCUGGUGGUUUAAAAUUAACGAUGAACUAAUCGGACGCAAACAACAAAUUUUCGAAUUACUAAAGAGCAAAUUAAUUUAUUUUAUCGGGGGGUUAUCUCGAAAGGGGGUCACCGAAACGACGAGCCACGAGAGUGAUAAAAACAAACUAACCGUUAAAUGAUUGCAUUUAAUGUAUUUUGUAAAUAGUAUUUGUACAAAGAGAUUGUAUAUAGAGACGAUGUAAAUUAUACUUAGGCGUAAGUUUAAUAUUUAAAGUUGGAGGAGAGUGCCGUUUGGACUUAGUCCAGGCGACACAUAGUUUAGCGCAAACGGAAAAAUAGACAAAUAAUCGAUUCACAA